UAAUUGCAGACUAGCAAGAAUAAUUAUAGCCAUUCAUAAUGACUCAAGCUACUGACUACACUAAGCUGGCUCUCUCUGACAGGGAGAACACUAGCAAUGAAGAGGAGCAUGUCACCUUUGUAAUGGAAGACAAGGAAUCUGAACGCAAAGAACAGAAAUCAAAGUGGACUCAAUGCAAGCGAUUUGCAAUGGACACUAAGAAGCGAUUUCUUAACAAGGUGCAGAAUAAUCUAGGUACUGUGUUAGGACUCUUCUUUCUAAUCGUAAUGAGUGCAGUGUUUAUAAGUCUUAGAGAAGUUCAUGCUAGUUUGGAAGAAAAGAAUGAGAAAGCAAACACUACACAAUCUAUUGAAAUUGAAGCUUUGAGAGAGCAGACUAAAGCAAGGUUUGAGUCAAUGCAAUCACUGAAUAUUAACCAAUCGAAAGUAAUUGAUUCUCUUAAUACGACACUUAUAGAAGCUCUAGCUCGCAUCAGCGAACUCACCAAGAAAAGUGAAUUACAGUUUACAACAGUGAAUGAUACAAUACAAUCAGGAUUCAAAGAACUAGAAGUCAGCACUGGAGAAAACAUAACCAAAGCUUCCAAGAUCUCCAGUGAUUUGUUUCAUCAGCUGGAAACACAGGUAGCUAACAAUGCAACCCUACUAGAGCACACUGUCAAACGAGUUGACGAAUUAAAGCAAGAUAAGUCAGAUACCGACGAAGAAGUUGGAAAAAACAUCAAUGAACUCUCCCAGAGAAUGGACACAAUAGAACAAAACACAGAAAAAUAUCGCAAACGAUUUGAAAGAGUCGAUACAGAACUCGAAAAUUUAGCUACGAGAAUCGAUAGUCAAAACAGCGAUAUUGAAAGUAUUGAGGUCAAAUAUGAAUCGCAAGAUAAACGUCUUGAUCAGCAAGGCAAGAAAGUCACACAGAUUGAUGGAAAGCAAGUCUCCCUAACAGAGAAAACUAAUGAACAUGACCAGAGACUCAAUAGACUACAAGGUCAAAUAGAAAGUGUGAGAUCUUCAGGGUCUAGAGUCACUGGAAGUAUAACUUGGCUAAUGAUGUUUGCGUACCAAUUUAUUUACUUUAAUUUGUGUUGGUUAUUAAAGCUUUUAAUUAUGUGUACCAAUUAAAUGUUACGUCUGCUGUUGCAUGUGCCAAUUAAGUUGUUAAAAUUCUCCUUACAAAAA